AGUUAUAUAAAUUGCACGGCCCAAUCAUGAGAGUGACAACCGUGUAUUUAUGUCGAUGGUGACAACACGUACGUAAGUUAGCGAAAUUGUCACUCAAUAGUUUUAGCAUAUUUUACUUGAAGAGUAUCUUUUAUCAUUGGGUUUUAACACACCCAGGGGUGUACCCUUUUAAAAAACAAAUUUGAAUGCCAGUUUCCACAGUCCGCGUGCAGCGGCUGAUUGGUUUGACACUGAUCACCUCCCGAUGAACGCCUGGAGAGUAAAUUGAUUUAAAAUUUACCGAAGACGACUGACGGAAGACAAGUACGGAAUCAAUAUUUACGAACAUCAGAGACUCCAACAGAAAUCUCCAGUUACUCCUCAUCGUUCGACUCAGAGCAGGAGCAGCUGGUCACCUCCUUCCUUCUGACAGGAGUCAUGUCCCGAUGUAGCCUGCGGCUCGAUGAAAGCCUUCUGGAUCGCGGCAGCGCCCCCUUCAGCGUGGGAGGAGUCAGUCAGAGGAGCAGCAGGUCAUUAAGGUCUCAGCACUCCCAGUGGCACUCGGUCUCCUGCUCGGAGUCUCUCCUCUUCAAAACUCCUCAUCAAGUAGCUGAUUACAGCGUGGCCUCCGACGCCUCCCUGAUCUCCUCCCUACUGGACGAGUCGUCUAUUCAGGAGAGCACGCUGAUCGACAACCUCUGGGGUUUGGAGCAGGAUGCAGAUACUAGGGGAAACGCCCUCGUGGCCGAGGAAGACUGCCCCCUGAUCUCUUCAGACAGCCGAUCGUCCCAUCACCGAGACCCGCGCGUCGGCAUGGUUUACCUGGAAGAGAGCAGCCAUCAGGGCGAGAUGAAGGCUGACGGAGAAGGCUCUGUUAUCUACUGCAGGGACCGGAGCCACAGGAGGAGGGCAGGUGAAACAAAAGCUCAGCCCAGUCAGCGUGGAGCCAUGAGCCUGAAGGAGCUUCAUCCCAUCGGAUCUCUCUGUGACGACUGUAAGGAGAAGCAGCGCUCUAAGCUGGAUACCUCCACCUCCUCUUCAUCCUCCUCCUCCUCCUCCUCCUCACGGUCGCCUGUGGCUUCCUGUUUGUUGGGGUUCCUUUGCAACGCUGCUGUUUUCACAGCUUCGUGUCUCUCCCAGUUCUCUCAGAAAGCAGCUGCAGCUCUUUGGCCUCUCGCCAGGAUCAUUUUCUGGGCUUCAGUGAGAAAUGGACUCUCUGCAGGUCGCUCGGUUACUACCGCUUUUAGGUGGAUCUGCCGACAAUGGUGUCGCAUGACCGCCAGCUCUCACCUGACCAGGAUUUUUCUCAGACUUCUCAUCCUUCUCCUUCCUCUUCUGCUCGUCUUCAGUCUUUGUUGGUUCGGAUCAGCUGGUUUCUGCUCCGUCCCUCCAGGUGUCAACAUCUCAACAUGGACAAUGGUCCCUGGUCUGUCUGCCAUCCACAGCCUCUUAUCUGCACAGAGCCCAAUGGCAGAGGGACCUGCGGAGGAGUCGAGAGAGGAGUCUCUCCUCAGCCAACCUCCAGCUGCUGAAACUCCGCCCCCUCAGGUUGUGAAUCAGGAGAUCCCUGAGGUGGAGGAGUCAUCCGACUCUGAGCGGCUCAUUCAAGUGGAGCAGAGUCUGGUGGCUUUGUGGGAGCAGGUGGAGGCUGCAGGACAGCGGGUGGAGCAGAGACACAAUGAGGUGCUUCGGCUUUAUACUGACCUCAAGCAGCAGUCGCCCUCGCCUCAGAGAGGCAGUGGCAGCACGGAGCCACGGAUCAGUGACCUGAUGGAUCUGCGGGUGCUGCAGCUCCACAGACAACUCGGCGAGGAGAGGCGACACCGGGAACAGAUUCGAAGGCAGGAUUUGUUGCUUCUGAAGAUGCAAACAACCCGUUUGGACCAACUAGAGCUGCAGCUGCAGAACCUGGCAGCCAGGACAUGGGAGGUGCAGCAGAUGCAAGAAACCACAACAAGCCUCCCAGCUACUGUCCGCGUCAGCAUGGACAGCCGUUCCCAUGAUGCCUUGCAGGCAGAGGUGAAGCAGAUGGAGGCGACUCUGGGAGACAUCAGACAGGAUGUUGAGGUUCUGUCCAGAUGUCAGAAUGGUUGCCAGCAACUGGACACAAUGCAGCAGAUGGGUUCAGAGCAUGUCGCUUCUCUGAUUAGAGAGGAGAUUCAGGACGUGAUCUACGGGAACGAGCUGACGCCAGGGAGAGAUGACGGCAACCUGCCAGAGCCGCUCCUCCAGUGGAUGUCACGGCGCUUUAUCAGCCACGAUGACCUGCAGGAGGCACUGACCUCUCUGGAGCUCAACGUGCUGCAGAACGUCAGCAGGCUGCUUCAGCAGCAGCAGGGUGAUGAGAAGACCCAAGAUGCAGCCUGGCACGAUAUCCUAAAGAAUGGGAAUGCUGGCAACGCAGUGACCAAGGAGGAAGUCCAGCGUAUGUUGUCAGACGCUCUGCGGCUGUUUUCUCAGGACCGCAUCGGCCUGGCUGAUUAUGCUCUGGAGUCUGGAGGGGGCAGCAUCUUAAGCACUCGCUGCUCAGAGACCUACCAGACAACAGCAGCCCUCCUCAGCCUGUUUGGAGUUCCCCUCUGGUAUUUCUCUCAGUCUCCUCGAGCUGUGAUCCAGCCUGACGUCCACCCAGGGAACUGCUGGGCCUUCAAAGGCUCUACGGGCUUUCUGGUGAUCCGGCUCUCCAUGAGCAUCCUCCCCACUGCUUUCACCAUGCAGCACAUUCCCAAAGCCCUGGCGCCUAGCGGGAUGCUGCAAAGUGCCCCCCGAGACUUCAGCGUCUACGGUCUGAGAGAUGAGAAUCAGGAGGGAGGGAAGCUGCUGGGAACUUAUACCUACGAGGAGAAUGGAGAGGAUCUGCAGACUUUCAUCAUCUCUGAGGAGAACGAUGAGUCCUUCCAGAUCAUCGAGGUGCAGGUUCUGUCCAACUGGGGCCACCGGGAGUACACCUGCAUGUAUCGGUUCAGAGUGCACGGGACACCCAGAGAUGUCUGGACAUGACAGGAGAUCAGUGGAGACGAGUUGUUUCCUGCUGCUGAUGUGCCCGAAAAGCUGCUGACUCUGAUUUAAUGUUCUGCACAGCCGCCAUUAGCAGACACUCUGUUUCCUGUGGUAAUGGACUCUGUGAUGAUAUUCAUCUGUACAUAGUUUUAUAUGGAGGUUUUUCAGGUUGAUGCUGCUGGUUUUCAUGUUGGAUCCAUAUCGGAUCACUGACAUGAUGUUCACCUGGGAGGCUCGAACCAGUUGCAGCAGAGUCAUAAACAUGAUUCGGAUCUACGCUCCGGGAAAUGAAGCUCAGAGCAAAGGUCCAAUGUCUGAGAUUUGAGCCCACCAGAGCUAAACGACCACUUUGUGGCACUCUGUCACAGAAUAUUGGAAGGUUCUGAUGGGUUGGUUGGAUCAGCAGGAAGAGGUUCAGAUGAUCAAACUGCAGCUUCUGUUUGGAGGUACCUUUUUAUUUAAGAAAACUUAAACAGGAAGUUAACAUCUCCACAAUGGGGAUUGUCUGAAGUAUAGAAAUGUGACGGACAUUCAGUUGGAUGGUUCCUGCUGCAGCAUGAAAAACGGCUCUGCACUUCGAAGGUGAAACUUGCGGUUGGUUCUCAUGUUUUUAGAUCAGAAAUUUUUUAUGUCGUGUAAAUAAAGGUUUUGUGUUUUCUGUGAUUUAAAGCUGAAUGUAAAAUAAUAAAGUUGCACAUUUUUAAA